AUGCAAAACUACGGUAACCAGCCACCCCCACCUCCACCUUCAUCUCAGGGUUAUCAAGGGUAUGACCAGCCAUCUCAGCAGCAUUAUCAACAGCACCAGGGUCAUUUUGGUGGUAUCACUGAAAGCUUUAGUCAACUGAAUGUGGGCGAACGUUGGAAUGACCUUCAAUCUCAUAUGCAUCGACCUGGUAGACACCAUCAUCAGCAAGAAAACAACGCUCCCCCUGGUGAAGUUGUCUGUGGACCCUUACUGCGUUACAUUGAUAUCAACUAUACAACUCGUCAGUGGCGUGGGUCCAUCUUGGUCGUCUCGACUGAUCACUAUGCUCCACCCAUCGAGAUUCAGCUGACUGAGCCUGCUACUCAACGCAGCACCACGAUUAAACCUCAAGCAGUCGAGCGAUUGGAUACGUAUCGCAACAAGUACCAUUUCUGGAGAUACGACGUGCGUUUACCCCUCACAGAUCAAGCCCAAGUAGCCACUUAUUCCACUGCACAUAACAACUGGGCUCAGCCUUCAUUUCAAAUGCACUUACCCGCUUAUUUUGAAUCCAUGCGUUUCAUGUUUUAUUCCUGCAACGGUUUCUCUGAUGUGCCUCAAGAGAUCAAGGAUAAAUUUGGCGAAAAGGAAGCUCCUCUUUGGGCUGAUGUGUUGGAUCGUCAUGAAGUGCUGCCUUUCCAUGUGCUGCUCGGUGGCGGUGAUCAGUUGUACCAAGAUCGCUUGAUCAAGGAGGAUUUCAUGAAGCCUUGGGUGGAUGAGAAGGAUCCCGCAAAGAGAUUGGCCAUGAACUUGAGCGAUAAUAUGAAGCAAGGUUUUGAAGAGUUCUACUUUACAAAUUACUGUAAAAAUUUCGGAUUCAAGGAAAAUCCAGUGGUUGCAAAGGCAUUUGCUACUAUUCCAUCCAUGAAUAUGUGGGACGAUCAUGACAUCAUUGAUGGUUAUGGCUCAUAUCCAGCAGAUAUGCAGCGAGCAGAGUGUUUUCAAGUGUUAUUUGCGAAUGCUUGCCGAUUCUACUUUUUGUUUCAACAGCACACUACCAUCGAAUUAGCUGGCCAGCAUGGUAUGAUUCAGGGAGCACUGCCUACUUGUCAGAAUCUGGUCUCCACACUUGGCCCUGACAUUGGCUUCUUGUCCCUUGAUUGCAGAGGUGAGCGUACAAAGCACGAUAUCUGUAAAGCUCAGACAUAUGAUAUUGUGUUUGAUGCAUUGCAAACAAUGAUCCCUCCUACGGUGAAACAUUUGCUUGUGCUCACUGGUGUACCACUCAUCUAUCCUCGCUUAACCCUCUUUGAGAACCUGAUGGACGGUGCCGCAGGAUUCAACUUGGCCACAAUUGCCGGUAAAACGGGCGCCUUGGGUGACAUUAUUGGAGGCCAAUUGAACAAAUGGAACGGUGAUCCCGAACUACUGGAUGAUAUGAAUGACCAUUGGACCGCUGGUAACCAUGAAGUGGAGAGAAAAAACUUUAUCGAGAGACUGCAACAAUAUGCACGUGAAAGAUCCAUCCGUGUGUCCUUCUUGGGUGGCGACGUUCAUUGCUGUGGUGCAGGCAAGAUGUACUCCAAAGACAUGAAGGAGAAGGAAGAGGGCGAUCCCUACUUUAUGGUGCAAAUCAUCUCGAGUGCUAUUGUCAAUGUGCCACCUCCUCAAGCCCUAUUAACAGUGUUGAACCAGAAUUCUGGCUUUAUUACGUUCAAUGGCAACACAGAAGAACGCAUGUAUAAUCUCUUUAAGCGAUCACCUAACGGAAACACAAGACAGAACAAGAAAUUGAUGGGUAUGCGAAACUAUUGUGCAGGCUACUAUGAUGAGCAAACUGGCAAGAUGAAUUUCUGGAUCCAGGCCGAGAAAGAGGUUGGCAUCAAAGGAACCAUGGGCUAUCUGAUUGAUGUCCCCAAGUUGCUGUUUGGCCAAGCAGGCUACCAUUUGUCCCAUCAGAACAAGAGACAGGUGUUGAGUGAUCUGAUGCAAAUGCACCAACAACAGCAGCAGCCCUUCUUUGGCGGUAUGGAUCGAUUCCAUCAUCAUCAUCAAGAGCAAGAGCAAGAGCAAGACAAUGGUGGAGGACACUUUCAUCGAUUGCAAUCAAAGAUUGGCGGCUUCGUGAUGCCACAGCCAAACAACUAA